AUGGCCGCCGAAGCUCAAGUCGCUCUUCAAAUGAACCGCAUCGACACGAUGCGCAAUAUGUCUGCUCGCUUAACUGACGCUGUACUAGCUAACCAAGGUGCCGCCGCUAUUGAUGCUGAACUCGCUAUUCUCAAUGAUUUGUGGAAUCGCUUCAACACAACUCAUGAGAGACUAUUCGAUGAUGUGCUUGAGAUCGUCGAAAAUGAAUAUCACACAGGUAAUGCAUACGGUACAGCUAAUCUCAUAUACACAGAGCUCAGAGUGAGACUCAGCGCUGCUAGACCCGCUCCAGAACCUGCUCAUGAAGUUCAGCCCGCUAAUCACGAUCAGACCGCUUACUUUGGUGGAGUGCAUAAAUCUAACCUGCCACAAAUCAAGCUGCCAACUUUCCAAGGGUCGUAUGACGAGUGGGACUCGUUCAAGGACUUGUUCACGUCUCUCGUCAUUAAUGAAGAUUCGCUAACUGGGUCUCAGAAGAUGCAUUACCUGAAGACGCAGGUAAAAGGUGAGGCCGCUGCAUUACUCGCUAAUCUCCAGAUCACAGAUGACGCUUUCCAACCCGCUUGGGAGUUGCUGAAUACUCGCUACACAAAUCCACGUCGAUUGCUCGAUAUGCAUAUCGAUGAUUUGCUGGAUCGCCAACCGCUAACUUCACACUCUGCUGCUGAUUUGGACGCACUGUUACUCGCUAACAAAAAAUCGCUGGACGCUAUCGCUGCAUUGGGAAUUCCAAUUGGUGAGUUGGACCCCUUUUUAAUUCGUUUGACUGUUCGCUGCUUGCCUUCAGAUCUGAGGGUGGAAUGGAUGGCUUCGCUUGGGUUAUCCAAUGAGUUUCCCACUUACCAACAGCUGCACGAUAUGCUCAAGGCCAAGGUUCGUGCGUGGGAAAACUCAGAGAUUGGCGCUAAAAUAACCUCAACGCAAGUUAAGAGUACCAGUGAGAGACCACUAUCACCAAAGUCUUACGCUAAGUCAGCCGCUACAACCAAACAAGUUAAGUUUGGGAGCAGUAAAUCCGCUACUCCUGCUAGAUCAACGCCAUCUACAUCCACCGGUUCCGCUAGCUACGUCGCUUUCACUCCCAAGGAGCGUACGAGUGAACCGGGCAUGUGCCCAAUCUGCAGGGAGAAGCACUUCGUUCUAUUUUGCCCCAGCUACCAGAAGGCGUCGCCACUGAACCGAAGGACGAUUGUUCAGCAUUACCGCUUAUGCUUUAACUGUUUGGGACGCCAUCGCUACGCUGACUGCAGGACUAAGCAGAAGUGCCGCCAUUGUGAUCAGCCACAUCACACGUCGACUCAUCUUGACGAUGGUGCUGCCGCUAAACCAGCACAGGACGCUCCUGUAGCUGACCCAGCUCAUUCGCUCAAUGUUUUACUCGCUACCGCUAUUGUUAAGUUGAAUUCGCUAACAGGAAGUACAUAUUUGUUAACACUGGAAAGCGGCAUUACUUUUUCGGAACGUUUCAACUUUAUUUCAUUAAAUAAUAAGCCGGUGAUCUUCUUCAUCGACUCUAAUCUUAUUUCAUAA